AUGGCUCCGCUGGCCAGGUUUGCUCAAGGGCGACCAUUACAACAAAUAUGGCGAAGAUUCGCCUCGACAGCCGAAGCGCCACAAGUUGUAGUACCUGGAGUUAGGCCAAUUGAGCGAAUUAGAAAUAUCGGUAUUUCUGCACAUAUCGAUUCCGGUAAAACGACUGUAACUGAAAGAAUCUUGUAUUAUGCUGGAAGAAUCGAUUCAAUGCACGAAGUUCGUGGAAAAGAUGAUGUUGGUGCAACUAUGGAUUUUAUGGAUCUCGAAAGACAACGUGGUAUUACAAUUCAAUCAGCUGCAACUUAUGUUGAUUGGCAUGGAACAAAUAUUAAUAUUAUUGAUACACCGGGUCAUGUUGAUUUCACUGUUGAAGUUGAAAGAGCGUUGAGAGUUCUUGAUGGAGCAGUUUUAGUUUUAUGUGGUGUUGGAGGAGUUCAAUCACAAACAUUUACUGUAAAUCGGCAAUUAGGAAGAUAUAAAGUUCCAUUCCUUUGUUUUGUAAAUAAAAUGGAUAGAAAUGGUGCAACUCCAUUGAAAGCUUUAGAUGGUCUUCGAAACAAAUUGAAUCAUAAUGCUGCUCUAAUUCAUUUACCUAUCGGAAAAGAUUCAAAUUUUAAUGGUAUUGUUGAUUUGGUUGAAGAAACAGCUUUGUAUUAUGAAGGAGAACAAGGAUUGAUUAUUCGAAAAGAUGAGAUCCCGAAAGAUCUUCGAACACAAGCAAAAGAUUUGAGAGACGAAUUGAUUGAACAUGUUGUAAAUGCUGAUGAACAAUUAGGAGAAAUGUUUUUGAAUGAUGAAACUAUCACAAAUCAACAUAUUCAUGAUGCAAUCAGAAGAACUGUUGUUAAAGUUAGUUUUUCAAAACAAAUUUUGAAAUAUAAUGAAUACAUGUUUUCAGCGUCAAUUUGUUCCAGUUUUGUCCGGAUCAGCUUUGAAAAACAAAGGUGUUCAAACAAUGAUCGAUGCUGUUGUUAGAUAUCUUCCCGAUCCUUCUGAAGUUGAAAAUCGUGCAAAUAUCAAAAAUGAAAAAGGAGAAGAGGAAGGAAUUAUCUUGUCAUCUCAUCGAAACAACGAAAAACCAUUCGUUGGAUUAGCUUUCAAAUUAGAAGCUGGAAAAUACGGUCAAUUAACAUAUUUCCGAGUUUAUCAAGGACAAUUAAAUAAAGGAGAUACGGUAUAUGCAUCAAAAGAUGGAAGAAAAGUUCGAGUACAAAGAUUGGUUAGAAUGCAUGCAGCUGAUAUGGAAGAAAUUACGACAGCUUAUGCUGGAGAUAUUUGUGCCACGUUUGGUUUAGAUUGUCAUUCUGGAGAAACAUUCUCAACUGAUCAAAAUUAUGCUCCACAUUGUGUACGUUUUUUCACAAAAAGUCUAGGUUUUCAGCCCGGUAGCCAAAAACAAAAUAAAUUAAAUUUCCAGGAAUCUAUGCAUAUUCCGGAACCAGUUAUUUCAAUGUCUAUCAAACCAGUCAACCGCAAAGAUGCUGAUAAUUUCAUCAAAGCUCUAACCCGAUUCACAAAAGAAGAUCCAACAUUUAGAAGAGAAUAUAAUCAAGAAGCUAAAGAGACGAUUGUUUCAGGAAUGGGUGAAUUGCAUUUGGAAAUUUAUGCACAACGAAUGAAAAAUGAAUAUAAUUGUCCGGUUGAACUUGGAAAACCAUCAGUUGCCUACAGAGAAUCUUUGGCUAAUUCAUAUAAGUAAGUUUUCAAAAAUCAAUAAGAAACUUUUAAAUAAUCAUUUUCCUUUUUUAAGAUUCCACUUCCGCCAUAAAAAACAAACUGGUGGACAAGGUCAAUUUGGAGAAAUCGAAGGAGUUAUUGAUCCACUUCCAGCUGAUAGAAACACAGUUGUUGAAUUCACUGAUGAAACAUUCGGAAAUAAUAUUCCGAAGAAUCUUUUCCCAGCUCUCAAAAAAGGUCUUGAUGCGAUUGUUCUUGAAGGACCAUUGAUUAAAUCGAGAAUUGCUGGAAUUCAUGUUCGAAUUCAAGAUGGAGCAACACAUGCUGUUGAUUCUACCGAAAUUGCUAUGAUAAAUACUAUGCAAAACAUGAUGAGAGAAUGUAAGUUUGCAAAAUCUCAGUGAAAAUUAUCUAUCAUUUUUCAGCAUUCGAAAAAGCUCAUUGGUUAUUGCUCGAACCAAUCAUGAAAGUUGAAUGUACAACUCCAGCUGAAUUCCAAGGAAAUGUUGUCACAUCAUUAACACAAAGAAAUGCUUUAAUUACAACAACUGAUUCAACAGAAGGAUAUGCUACAGUAAUUUGUGAAGCUCCAUUAUCUGAUAUGUUUGGAUAUACAUCGGAACUUCGAUCAUUAACAGAAGGAAAAGGUGAAUUCAGUAUGGAAUAUUCGAGAUAUGCGCCAACAUCGAAAGAAGCUCAAGAUCGAGUGCAGAAUGAAUGGAGACAAUUACAUGGAAUUGCAGAUCCAAAUGAAAAAGGAAAGAAAAAGAAGAAGUAG